AUGUCCAGCUCCGAUGACUUCCCCACGCUGGUGAGCUCCUUGCAGGCCUCUACGGUAGAGUGGAACCUGCUCGGCGCCCCCUCCCGCCUCACUGGCUCCGGCGUCUUUAACGGGGCGAGUCUGCACAACAAGUAUCUACGCUUCAUGCAGGUGCUGCAGGAGAUCGAAGAGCUCUUUUCCAUUUACCGCCUGUCACCCAACUCCGUCCUCAUUGCCUGGUGUGCUUCCCUGCAGGAUAGCGGGGUCGCCUCCCACUUUGUGGGGUUACUGGUGGCUCUGACCCUCCAAGGAAGCCUGUCUUAUCUCGCCCUGACGCGCUGCUUGCGGCUCGUCGAUGAGUUUUUGAGCUGGACCACGCGGGUCAACGCGGGCUGCGACGGGAGUACCGACGGUGUUGGAGCGACGGGCGGUCCGAGCUGCCCGGUGCUCGUGCCGAGCAGCGCGGUGGUGAAGUGGGUAGAGCAGACGUGGAGCGCUGUGCAAAGUCUAUCGCGCGACAACGCUGGCACCUCCACGCCCACGGCCACGGCGGGGCUCUGCGGCGCACUGCAGCUGCUGCCGGUGCUGCUGCGGUGGAACGUUGGCCAUUCCCCGCUGCCGGUCUUCCGCAGAGGUCAGCUGCCGCACCCUGUGAACAUGCAAUCGGAAGAGGUUCGCCUGCUCGCCUUCCGCAGCUUACCAGCCAUCGUUCGGCACCAACCGACCACAGCGAUCCCUCAAAGCUACGCGCACGAGAUCAUCGACUACGUGAAACGCGGCUGCGUGAAGAGCAGCGACAUCUUUGUCCGCAUCGCCGCCGGCUCCUCGGUGCGCGGGGUGCUGGAGAACGGUCUUCGCGUGUUGUCCCCAGACGUCGCCUACGCUCUGAUGGACAUGCUGCUCUGCCUGUGCGACGACGUCGCACCCUACGAUAUUUCGGACGAAGUGCUCUACGAUGUGGGUGUCGCCAUGGGCUACCUCCUCGCGUUUUAUCAGAGCGACUUCACCUUGGACUCGUUGAGCGACAUCUUGCAGGCAGCGGCACCACCGUCAAAAGCAGCAGCAGCAGCCGAGGAGCGAAUCGACGCACAUCGCAGAGGGGGCGGUGGUGGGGGAGGGGGAUCGGGUCCCGCAGCGGGCGGGGCAGGGACCGCAGCCGGCGCGAACGCCGGCCACCUCCGCUGGCGGUACUUUGGCGGCGCCGACGCUGUUGAGGGCAGCCGGGUGGUGCAGCGGUGCUUUAACGAGCGCAUGACUCGCACCGCCCAGCGCGCCCUCGCCACGGCGCUCGCGACGCUCUGCAGCGCCUGCUCGACCCCCGCCACGACUUCCAGUGUCAUUCAGUGCUGCUUUGUGCUGCUCGUGCCAAUUGAGGGAGAUGCGCGGGCCUACAUGCCACGGCUGCUGGCGGACGCCAUUCAGGAGUGGGCGCGGCAGCUUCCGUCCAACGGGUACCGUGUGGUGCUGGCGGACGUGCUGCGUGGCUACGUGCAGCAGUCUGGCGAGGACAAGGCCGUGGUGCGCACAGCGAUGGUGGCGCUGCAGGGCGUCGUGCGAACUCUCUCCUCGUCGCUUGAGAUCGGCUUCAACGUUGCCGAGGACGUCCUGGCGGCAGUGAACGCUACGCCGAGCCUCUUGCACACCGGCGUGGAGGUGCUGGGGGCCGUGGCGCGCACCAACACCCUCUACGCACGUCAGCUGCAGCAUCAAUGCGCACGUGCCGACAGUGCCGAGGUGGCCAACACACUGACGUUUCAACUGCACAUCCGGGCCCUGCUGGACGCCUCCAUAAGUGCGACGGAAGCUGUGGAACGAAACGGCCAUGGUGAUCCUCCAUCAAGAAGAGCAGCCGAAGCAGACGACGCCUUUGGUGAGGAGGACCGCGUGUCCCUCGUGCACGUCUGCAUUCGACUUCUCCUGCGCCUCAGCCGCGGCGACCCACCCCGAGCCGUGCAGGACAUCCACUACCGACAGGCCGAGCUCAUCUUCCGUCUGACGCAGCUCAUCUACGACCUCCUGCGCGCCAGCCCCUCCGCCGUUGUUUGCGCUGCACGCGACGAGCUGCAGCCCUGCACGCUGGGCUUCAUGAACCUGCUCGUCAGCAGCCCCGCACCGAGCAUUGCGUUUUACAAGGCGGUCACGGCGGCGUGCGCGAUGCUGCGGCGGGCGCCGGUGGUGAGUGACACAGAGCGGAUGCUCGCCGUGGGCUUCCUAGAGUCCCGCCUCGCCUCCCAAGACGGUGUGGCGCGGCACAACGUGGACGCGACCGGCUCCUCCGCCGCCACCGCGUACUUCGCGGUCAGCAAAGGCGCCUUGUACAGCCUAGUCUCCUGCGCGCCGUGGCCCACCUGCAAGGACGACGGCAGUCUGCGCUGGCUGGCGGCGCAGGCGCUGAAGGACAUUGCGAGGGCGUGCGCGCACUCCGCACCGGUGUUUUCGUUUGAGGAAACGCACGGCCCGGCGGUGGCCGCAGCGGCACAGUCGAUGAAGCUUGUGCGAAGUACGCUGCUCCAUCGCUGUGUGUCCUCCAGCACCAUUUCUGCCUCCGCCGAGACGCCGGCCCACCCCCUCGAGGAGUGCGGCGGAAGCGCGGUGCGGCUGCUGCGCUGGACGCUGCGUCACUUCGUAGCACGCGGUGCGGUGCCCGUGUGCGUCGCGCUGCUCGCGUCGCUCGACACGGAUCUCUUCAAGCUGUACGCCACGCCCGUGAACGCCGCCGCGACGGUGGAGGAGCAAGCUCGCCAGACCGCGAGGCGAGAGGUAGGACUGUGGAACACGCUGUGUACGGUGCAUGAGUUGUUGUUGGAGGCGUCGCCGCACACCGCCGCGGCGUUGUGGGCCAACGCAAAGUGGAAGGCGGAGGUGCAGCGGUGGCACGCCGUGGCCGCGCAGCUGAUCCCCGCCUCUGCGGAGGAGUCGGUGGAGGUGCGCCUGCUCGCCGCCAAGGUGUUAGCCCUGUGCUUGGUCUCCACCGGGCAGGUGGACGUGUUCACCAGCCAGACGGUCGCCGCCGUCGCCCAAGGCUCGCCCAGCCAGUCCCUCCAGAUGGACUCCUUAGGGGCACUGAUGGUGCUGUGCGAGGCCCACAGCCACCCGGGCGAGGCAGCAGGCGACACUCCGGUGGAGUCAAGCCCGACGCUGCCCCUCGCCACCUCGCUGCUCUCCGAAGUGUGGAGGCGACUCGUCAGCGCCGCCCCCGCCACUGGUGCAGCCAACAUCUUCUCUGCUCCUGUCCUCACGCUGCUCUCGUUGCGCCUCGCACAGGUGUACCCGAUGGAGGUGGAGGCGGCUCUCUCGGACAGCGUCGUGGGCGUGCUGCUAACCCCCAUGGCCGCCUCCAACUAUCAGUGGUGGUCCAGCACGACCGCGGUGGGGAUGCUCACUGCAGUUGUGCAGCUCUGGAGCAAUUUUGUGGGUUCGAACAGCGCGGUGGGGUCGGUGCCGCAGACCUCGGCGCUGCUGCUGGUGCAGGAGAGCCUCCGUGUCACCACGCGGUCACAUCAGAUGCCCGUGUCCGCCGUAAAGGCCGCGCUGGACGCCGUGGAAGUGUUCAGUCGCAAUCAGGCCCGCAACGCGGACCGGUGCGUGGCGUGGCGCAGACUGCUGCACCUGUGUCUGACGCACACAACGCACGCCCAGCACGAAGAGGAAGGCGUACCGGGCCCAUUGGCGCAGAACAGAGGCCGCCGUUCUCAACGGCGUGUUGCCGUGCCGGGUGAGGUGUCCAAACGGCUUGCCAGCCUGUGGUGCUGUGUGCUGCUUGGCGACGGCUCGACCCCGCUCGUCACCGCUGCCGUGGCCGACGCCGGCUGCACGCGGCAGCUGACGGUGGUGGAGGUGGCUGUACAAAUCGACCUCGCCGCCGCCGCACCCGUUCGGCGAGGGUGGCUGAAGGUGGCGCAGGCGAUGUGCUCCUCUCUUCUCCCACGCAGCAGCAGCCCUGAUCACGUCGAGGUCAGCCACCACAGCGACGGCGCCAGCACCGCUGUCAGCAGCCCUCCCACAUUGACACUGGCUUUUAAGGGCUUUCUCGACGCCGUGAACACCGUCUUGCAGUCCCGCUCCCCCGAUGUGCAGGUCGACAUUGCGAAGCGGGACACCGACAUGUUCGCCGCGGUCGGCGAGGGCAGCGAGGCGGGCACGGACGAGGCAACAGACGGCGCACGCGGCGGAGGUGGCAGCGACAGCGACGACAUGGAGGACUACGCGGCGGAGUUUGAAAGCGAGGGCAUCGGCGGCAUCUUGAGUGAAGCGGGCGGAGGUGGGGAGCGAGGAGAGGGCAGAGGCGGCGGCACGGCGGCAUCCGCAGUAGACAACAACGCCUCCCUAACUUUUGACGUGGCGGCGAAGGAGGCGGCGAUGUGGGUGCUGUACAGCGUGCUGCGGGGUGUCGGAGGCGACACAGUGCAGACGGAUCAAUCAACGCAACGCACACACGACGUGCGGCGGGCCGUGCUGCCCAUGGUAGUGGCCGCCGCCCAGCUUGUGGAGGUGCACCCCGAAGUGCACAUCGCCACCAUCGCCGUGCUGCACGAAGUCUUCGCCCUGUGGGGCCACGUGACGCAGGUGCAGGAGCUGGCUCGUCCGUUGGCGGUGCUGAUGCCGUGGAAGACGCAGUUGGUGGUGAGCCUCACAACGGUGCUGCAGCACGGUCUGCUCUCGCUGGAGGGGUGCACCGCCUUGGCAGUGCAGUACAGCCGCUGCAACCUCGCCGACACGAGCUCGUGCCGCCGUGUGCUGCGCUCGCUGCUGCUUCUCCUGCACGCCUGCCACCGUCUGCAAGAGCGUCGGCGUGGGUUUUUGCUCGGCGGCAGCAGCGGGGCGGGCCACAUCAUUGUAGCGCUGGCCAAGGUGGCCCAAUCGCCGGCCAUGGCAGCGGAGACGCUGGAGGCGGCGCAGGGGGCGUUUGCACGCACUCUCAUCUCCCCGCCCUGCCAGGCCGCGCUGACGCUGUUGUGUGAGCGCUUUGUGGCGGCCGUGUCCUUAGCGAACGGCUACGUGCCGCCCACCUCCGUCUUCGGUGGUGGAAACUGGCGCGGCGAUGACGACGACGACGAAGAGGACGGCGGUGGUGGUGGUGGCGCCUCCGCAACCUCCUCCGUCUACGGCUCUCGCAUGUCGAUGACGGCUGGUGACGUUCUGCAGGCGGUGGCGUUUAUGACGGAGCGGCCGCUGAGCGCCACGCUGGGGCCGGCGCUGCGCUACGCAACGGGCUGCCUGGCCUGCCUCGUUCUUUCCACGCUGAUCCACCCGGCACCGAUGGAGAAGCGGAUGAGCAGCAGCGCCGUAGCGUCGGGAGAUGCAUUGCGGUAUGUGGUGGCCCUCAGCGGCAAGUUGACGUCGCAGCACCAGCGCAUCCUCGCUCAGCUCGCCCAGCAGCGCCUGCUGAGCAUCGCCUCUUCGUGGGGAGAGCAGCACAUCGCAAGCGACAGCAGCACUGCGAUGGGGAGGGAGAGCACCGCGUUGCUGCGGAUCGCAGCUGUAGCGUCGAUGCCGCGUGCGCAGGCCGAGGACCUUCUGGGCGCCUUUGCUCCACUCGUGGUGAAGGUCGACGCGAGUCAUCAUGCGGACAACUGGGCCGAGGUAGCCGCUUCGCUGCUGUGCGUAGGGAUGGCUGCGGAGUUGGAACUGAAGCGGCUCCUCCCGCUUUUGGAGGCCUUGCCUGCGGAUGCGCUCUCAGAUGUACUGCCCCCAGCGAUGGUGGUACGCCUGGAGCACCUCACGGCGGUGUACGUGCGGAGUGCGGCGGCGGAAGAGGAGGACAGCAUGCGUGCGUUGGCGCUGACGGGGCCGCUUGCGUUGAUCUUGGUGGGCCGGUGUGUCUCCACGGAUGCUCUUCCGCUCACCCGUUCGCCUUUCAUGGAUAGGCAGCUCUGGCCCGCUGUUCUAAAGCUGCUGCGGAAUGCUGCCUGUCCGGUGAGGACCAUCGAGUACCUGUGGUCGCCGCCAGCGGCCUUGGCAGCGGCGGAGUCUCCGCAUCAUGUCUCUCUCCGCGAGUGUUUGGAGCAUCACAAGUCGGAAGCGGCUGUUCUACUCGCCCUCUUCGCCUCCCUGGAAAGCCCCUCUCCUCCCACGACAGCCGCCACGUCUCUGCUCCCUUUAAAAGAACUUGCCACCUUUGUGCUUCAUUGCGGCCCGCUCUUGUGUGGCCUUCUCCUGGCCACGAUGAAGAGCGCAGACCCCGCUGUGCCAGCAGCAGAUAGCCUACACGAGGUUCUGCUGUACGUGGUGACGUUGCUGUCCACGAAACUGGCACCUGCGUACGCCGUCGCAUUAAACGAGGUGGGCCGGUACCUGGUACGCACGGUGGCGCCUGCUCAUAGCGCGGCACUGCGGGAGGCCAUUCGCCGACUGGGAGCUGGCAAGGCGUCCCAGCUGCGUGUAUUCAUGGAAGAGUCGUGUAAAUGA